AUGGUUUCUCCUUCAUUAUUCUUAGUGAUUUUUUCUUCAUUAGUUUUGUAUGGAUUAUGUGAUACGUCAUUCUCUAACCAACAAGACGUGAAGACCAUCAAGACGGAAUAUGGUACUUAUGAUUGUGUAGACUUUUAUAAACAACCUGCGUUUAAUCAUCCAUUACUAAAGAAUCACUCGUCUAAGGCAAUCUCAAACUUGUUGGAACUUCAAGGGAGGAAAGUUAGCGGCAUCGGACUUCCAGAAAGUUGCCCAGUAGGAACAGUUCCUAUUUUAAGAACCAAUCAAAAUUCCAGCGUCAACGUUCAACAACUUAGCCCUCCUCAAACGCAUUGUGUUGCUUUAGUUCAUACAAAUAAGUUGAACAGAAAAUUCAAUGGAGUAGGUGGUGCAAUAGGAAUGUAUAAACCUGUAGUACAAACUAGUGAUCAAAGGUCUUCUGCACGAAUAAAACUUUCAAAUGGAAACGAUAGCUUGGAAGCUGGAUGGAUGGUAAAUCCUAAAAUAUUCAACGAUUACGAAGCACAUUUGUAUCAAAGUUUUGAUGCAGGGGGAAAAGGUUGCAUAAAUCUACAAUGCCCAGGUUUUGUUCAAGUGACUACAACCGUGCCUUUGGGUACAAUCCCAUCCGAGUACACUAAAAUCGGAGGAAAUGAUAUAAGGGCGUGGAACUUAUCAAUUGACAAGCAUCAAGAUGACGGAAAUUGGUGGUUAUCAGUAACUUAUGAUAAGGAACCAAUUGGAUAUUGGCCGAAACAAUUAUUCACUUCAUUAGCAGAUGUUGCCGGAAAAGUGGAAUGGGGAGGUGAGGUUUAUGAUUUUGGACCAUCUUCAAAGAAACACCCUCCUCCUCCAGAGAUGGGUAAUGGUUUUAGAGCAACUAAAGAUCUUUCAAAAUCAGCAAGUAUUUUUCAUGCUUCUUACGUCGAUGAAAGUUUUACUAAUGUCAUAAAUCCCGAAGACACUCAUGAAAUUACGGAUUGUGAUCCAACAUACACUGUUUUAGAUGGUGGUUGGGUAUCAAAAAAUUUUGGUCGGGUCAUAUAUUAUGGUGGAUACUCUAUACUAAAAUAACUAUCAAUGUGUAAUCAUAUUUUAAUUUGUUACUUCUAAACAUUUGACAACAAUAAAGAGUUUUUUCGAUCUUUUAAUUCUCGAUAUUCUUUGUUCCUCAUUUCCCUCUGUUUCAGUUCUUUUUACUCUGUUUCUGGUCUGUUUUUUGGUACUCCUUGUUCUACUACUACUUUUUUUUUAUUUUGUUUUUAAAAUGGAUUAUCGUAAUUAUCGGUGUUACUUUCUUAUGGGGGUGCUUGUUAACCAUCCAAAAAUGUUACAUUUGGAGAAAUUAGACUCUUCUGUUGUUGGAAAGUUUUAUGAUUCAAAUCCCCUGUCUCGUUCCUUAGUUCAACAGAUGGUGAAUAACCAAUGGCUAAAAAGGGGUGAAAUU